AUGUUCAAGUAUGAAUAUCCUAAUGCAGUUUACGUGUUUUAUUUGCUUGAAACCACUCGUAAGACUUUAUUUUCAUGUAAAGUAAAGAAAGAAAGCAAGGAAACAAAACAAAAAUCCUUCCCCAAGCGCGCUAAAAAAACACAAAAACCAUCAAAAUUGACUUUAGAAGCUUAUUUAUCAGGGAAUAAAACCACCCACGCAGAAUUAUAA